UCGCAAGCAUUUCAGAUGUCAGAUAUUGUGACAUUUACAGCACAUCCUUCUUCCAGUUUCUCGGAUGAAGUCAUCUAUUUUAGUCCAAGGUUGACCUAUCACGCUGCAAUGGAACUUCUCUCCACAAAGGGGAGGUUCAUUCCUAACUAUAAGUGCAACCACCAGAACAACUUAGUGGCAGUUUUGGGGGGACCAAGCUCUAAUAUGUGUAUCUACUUGGCAGGAAUUCUGGGCAUCUUCAAGAUUCCACAGCUCCUCUAUGGCACUGCUCCAGUAAUGCCCAGCCAAAAUGAAGUGGCUUUCCUUUACAAGAUGUUUCCGAGUUGGGCCACUCAGUACAUGGGGAUUGUGAAGUUACUUCUUCAUUUCAGAUGGAUAUGGGUUGGGGUGAUCUAUGUGGAUGAUGGAUAUGGGCAGCGAUUUGUACAGGAGGUGCUUCCAAUCUUUUCCAAGGAUGGUGUCUGCUUUGAUUUUAUAGCAAAGUUUCCUACAAUGACUUUUACUAAUGCUUUUUUUAAAAUGGUAGAAGAAAACGACAACUUAACCGCAGUUGUUAUGGGAAGCACAGCCCAAGCAGUGGUGGUGCAUGGUGAAAUUCAAACCAUGAUUAUUUUCCAAAUAUUGCUGAGGACUCCAGAAUUUGAAGAAAUGCCUAUGAGGAUGAAAGCCAAAGUCUGGAUUUUGACAGCCCAGGUAGAUUUCACAUCAAUUGAUAUUCAAAGAAGUUGGGACAUCAACUUCAUCCACGGUGCUUUAUCCUUUGCAGUUAACUCAAAAGAGGUCUUAGGAUUUGUUCAGUUUCUUCGGGAAAGGGAUCCUGCCUCUGAAAAAGAAGAUGGCUUUAUUGGGGAUUUUUGGAAACGGGCUUUUGACUGUUCACUCCCCAGUACCACAGAAGCCGCAACUGAUGAAAAAAUCUGCACUGGGGAGGAGAAGCUGGAGAGUCUUCCUGGGUCUGUCUUUGAAAUGAGCAUGAGCGGCCACAGCUACAGCAUCUACACUGCUGUCUAUGUGCUGGCACAUGCGUUACAGGCUAUGUCUUCAUCCAUGCUCAAACACAGAACGCUGGCAGAUGGAGGGAUAAAAAAGUUUCUGAAUCAACAGCGAUCGCAGUUCCAUGAAUUUUUGAAAAGGGUCUCAUUCAACAACACUGCUGGGGACCUGGUUGCCUUUGAUCAAAAUAUGGAGAUAGUGGCUGGACUUGAUAUCAUCAACUGGGUCACAUUUCCCAACAAGUCCUUUUUUAGAGCCAAAGUUGGAAGGAUGGACCCAAAACUUCCAGAAGACAAAGUGUUCACCAUUCAUGAAGAUGGAAUCAUUUGGCCCCGCAUGUUUAAUCAGGUUCAGCCCCUUUCCCUGUGCAAUGACAGAUGCCAUUCAGGCCAAAGUAAGAAAAAGAAGGAAGGGAAACCAUUUUGCUGCUAUGAUUGCCAUUCAUGUCCAGAAGGGAAGAUUUCAAACCUGGAGGAUACCAAUGACUGUUUUCAGUGCCCAGAAGAUCAAUAUCCAAAUACUAAUCAGGACUUAUGCCUGCAAAAACGUAUAAGUUUCUUAAGUUAUGAAGAUCCUUUGGGGAUCGCUUUGGCCAGUUUUGCACUUUCCUUCUCUUUUAUGGCAGCUCUUGUGCUUGGCAUCUUCAUUAAGAACCAGGACACUCCCAUAGUCAAAGCCAACAACCGGAAUCUCUCCUACAUUCUCCUCAUCUCCCUCCUACUCUCCUUCCUUUGUGCCUUGCUUUUCAUCGGCAGACCUGAGAAGCUCUCGUGUCUCCUUCAACAAACUACUUUUGGCAUCAUCUUCUCAGUGGCUGUUUCUUGUGUGCUGGCCAAGACUGUCAUUGUGGUUCUAGCUUUCAUGGCCACCAAGCCAGGGUCCAGGAUGAGAAAUUGGGUGGGGAAACAACUGGCCAACUCCAUUGUUCUUUCUUGCUCUUUGAUUCAAACAACUAUUUGUACAGUUUGGUUAAUAACUUCUCCUCCAUUCCCAGAACUUGACAUGCACUCAAUGACUGAAGAAAUUGUUCUGAAAUGUAACGAAGGGUCAGUCUCCAUGUUUUAUUGUGUCUUGGGCUACAUGAGCUUCCUGGCCACUGUGAGUUUCAUGGUAGCUUUCUUAGGCAGGAAGUUACCUGAUAGUUUUAAUGAAGCCAAGUUCAUCACCUUCAGCAUGCUGGUCUUUUGCAGUGUUUGGCUGUCGUUUGUUCCAACCUAUCUGAGCACCAAAGGAAAAUACAUGGUGGCUGUGGAGGUCUUCUCCAUCUUAGCCUCCAGUGCUGGAUUGCUAGGCUGCAUAUUUUUCCCUAAAUGUUAUAUUAUAGUUUUGAGGCCUGAACUGAAUGGCAAGGUUCAAAUUAUCAGAAGACCAAAUGGAAGAUUCUAA